UGUUCUAGCCGUCAGUCCUGGCCCUUCCACUGCAGUGACUCCAAAUAUCUCCUCUCUGCACGGGACAGAGAACUAGACAAAACAGGAGGAGCCACCAAGCCUACCCCAGUGGUCUCACUUCUCCAUGACCGGACUACAUGGGUACUCUGUUCCAGACAUGCUUAGCGUCCGACUCAUCGUGAUGCAAAUCCCGCUGCUUUGCUGUCUCCUGCUGUGUCCUGCGGAGGCCAUGCCACACCCAGAGCCAACCAGUCCCUCUACAAUGCUCUCUCCCUCGGCGUCCUCAAACCCCUUGUCCUGCCAGGCCCUGCUCCCAAAGUCCCUGCCUGGCUUCUCUCAUCUACCCCCUCUCCCCCAGUUCCUGGUCGGCCUGGCUCUGAGAAACGCUCUGGAGGAAGCUGGCUGCCAGGCUGACAUCUGGGCUCUGCAGCUUCAGCUGUACCGACUGGGAGGUGUGGAGGCUACCCAGACCCUUAUCCACCAUCUUCAAGAGCUCCAGAAAGGCGGACACGCAGACCGGCAAGUGUCAAUGGACGCCCUGACCUCCGCUCUGCAGCGCUUAGCCUGGGAGCAACCAGGUCCAAACAGGGUCCGUCGCUGGCUCUCUCACGCCGACUGUGACAAUGAACAGGAGCAGAAUGUGCACGAUGUGGUCGGGCAGCUGCCAGCAGUGGGGGCCUACUACAAUCUAGGCACGGCUUUGUAUUAUGCCAUCCAGAGUUGCUCUGACAAGGCCAAGGAGCGAGGCAAAGAUGGGGCCAUAGAUCUGGGUUAUGACCUUCUGAUGGCCAUGGCGGGUCUGUCAGUGGGGCCAGCUGGGGUGGUCAUCAGUGCUGCUCUUAAGCCAGCAAUGAAGGCUGGGGUUCAGCGGCUGAUCCAGUAUUAUUAUGGUGAAAAAGAGGUGAGCGUCCCUUAGCCAGAGACCAGGAAGGAUGGACCCUCACAAGACCCGGAGGAAACAGCCGUGGCCAGUUUUGUGUCAGAAGCUGAAAGUCGAUCUUCCUACUGGGGGCCAACCUUAGUCAAGAAUUAUGGUGUCUUAGUAUACAAGAGAUCUUAGCAGAGCAAAUUCUGGCAAGAGAAGUAUGGAUGGAUGGAUGGUUGUGGGGUUCUGUCAUCACUUGCCAGUCAUUUCUUUCUUGAAACUCAGUUUUUAUAUUUCUAAUGAGGGAAUAGUGAGUUUUCACCUGAGCAAGUGGUUUUAGAAAUUAAAAAGUGAUAGCUUGAA